UCUUUUAUAUUACCUCUUUGGAUCCUAUCUCUCUCUCUUUCUUUUUGCCUUUCUCUCUCUCUCUCCGAAUAAAUUUUUCUAUAUAUGAAGGACAUUUAGUUUACUGUUGUGAUACAUAGCCCGGUUUUAAAGCAACGAGUAGAGGGAAUAAAAGCUCUUUUAGUUUUUUGGCCUCCAAUUGUUGCUUUCUUCUUGUGAUUUUUGCUACUUGUUGCAGGAGGAGCUUGGUUCUCUUUUCUUUCUUUGGUUUUCUUUGUUGCUUUCUUCUCGGGGUUGAGGAGUGGUAGCUCUAAGCUUUGAUAUUUAAUUUUUGCUUGAAAGACAUGUCGAGCUGCAUCGAUGUUGCGCCUGAGCAACUCUGCUAUAUCCCCUGCAACUUUUGCAACAUAGUUCUUGCGGUGAGCGUUCCAUGCAGCAACCUGUUUGAUAUUGUGACCGUCCGAUGCGGGCACUGCACCAAUCUAUGGUCCGUGAACAUGGCAGCUGCAUUCCAGUCACUGUCAUGGCAAGAUGUUCAGGCACCCAAUUAUGCAACACAGGAUUACAGGACUGAGUUGGGUUCCUCUUCCAAAUGCAACAAGUUGUCAAUGCGUGCUCCUGCUAACAAUGUCACUGAGGAAAGGGUAGUGAAUCGACCUCCCGAGAAGAGGCAGCGAGUACCUUCUGCAUACAAUCAGUUCAUAAAAGAGGAGAUUCAAAGGAUCAAGGCCAACAACCCUGAUAUCAGCCACAGGGAAGCAUUCAGCACUGCUGCUAAGAAUUGGGCGCACUUCCCUCAUAUCCACUUUGGGCUGAUGCUGGAAACCAACAAUCAAAAUAAGCUGGAUGAUGCCUCUGAGAAACAUCUCAUGUCAAGGACUGCGCUGCUGAACAAGUGAUUGUGUUUAAGGUUGAAGCCCUUCUGGAGUGAAGGCUAUGGUUGAAGUAAAGAAAGUAUUGAUCCCAUGUGUUUUUAAGGACAUGAAUUUUUAUCCUUAGUUUUAUUUUGUCUUCUGUUGUUUAAAAUAUGUUAUUCACUUGAACUGAGCUACUUGCUUUGUUGUCUUCAUCUCAUGAUCCACCUUUUAAGUGAACAUAUUUAUAUAUAUAAUCACUAAAAAUAAAUUCCACUUU